AUGAAGUCUCUCUUGAUGCUCGUCCUGGUUACGAGCGUUACGGUUACUGCUCAAAACCAACGUUUCCCAGAUUGCACCAGUGGCAAUCUAGCGGGGAAUGCAGUGUGCAACACGUCAUUGCCACCGUCCGAACGGGCAGCGGCCCUGGUUGCGGCCAUGACAGCUGAGGAGAAACUGCAGAAUCUAGUCUCCAAGGCGAACGGCGCCAGCCGCUUGGGACUUCCGGCGUAUAACUGGUGGAGCGAGGCGCUUCACGGGGUCGCCUACGCGCCUGGAACGCAAUUCCGAAAUGUUCCGGGGCCCUUCAACUCAUCGACCUCCUUCCCGAUGCCCGUUCUGAUGGCUGCGGCGUUUGAUGACGAGCUGAUUGAGAAGGUUGGAAACGUAAUCGGCAUCGAGGGGCGAGCCUUUGGCAAUGAAGGCUGGUCGGGCAUCGACUACUGGACGCCCAACGUCAAUCCUUACAAGGAUCCUCGCUGGGGCCGCGGCUCCGAGACACCAGGAGAGGACGUGCUCCGAAUCAAGCGCUACGCAAAGUUUAUGAUUCGCGGGUUGGAAGGACCAGAGGAACAGAGAAGGAUUGUGGCCACGUGUAAGCACUUCGCCGCCAACGACUUUGAGGAUUGGAACGGAGCGAACCGGCACAACUUCAAUGCAAAGAUUACACUCCAAGACCUGGCGGAGUACUACAUGAUGCCAUUCCAGCAAUGUGCGCGAGAUUCAAAAGUCGGGUCCAUCAUGUGCGCGUACAACGCCGUGAAUGGAGUCCCGUCUUGCGCAAAUAAGUAUUUGAUGGACACAAUUUUGCGGGGGCAUUGGAAUUGGACGGAGCACAAUAACUACAUAACGAGCGACUGCGAGGCUGUGCUGGACGUGUCGGCGAAUCACCACUAUGCCCGAACGAAUGCAGAGGGGACGGCGCUGUGCUUCGACGCGGGCAUGGAUAUAAGCUGCGAGUACUCUGGAUCAUCCGACAUACCAGGAGCUUGGAGCCAAGGUCUCCUGAAGCAAGCUACAGUAGACAGGGCACUUCGUCGACUUUACGAGGGACUGGUUCGCGCCGGCUAUUUUGACGGCGCAAAGUCAACGCAUGCUUUACUCGGCUGGGGGGAUGUGAACAACCACGAGGCACAGCAGGUCGCUCUCCAGGCAGCUGUUGAGGGCAUAGUGCUGCUCAAGAACGACGGAACCUUGCCUUUGGAUCUUAAGCAGUCGUCCAAGGUGGCUAUGGUUGGUUUCUGGGCCGAUGCACCUGAAAAGUUGUCGGGCGGUUACAGUGGGGCACCGUACUUUUUGCACACGCCCGUGUACGCUGCCAGGCAGAUGGGUUUGGAUGUAAAGGUCGCCACGGGGCCGAUCCUUCAGGAGGCUACAGGCGGGAGUAGCCCAUGGCUUGCAAGCGCGCUGGCGGCUGCGCGCGAUUCGGACUAUAUCUUGUACUUUGGCGGACUGGACACUUCUUCAGCAGGCGAGACCAAGGAUCGGCAGGCGCUGGACUGGCCCACGGCACAGUUGGAUUUGUUGAACAGUCUGGGCAGUCUCGGGAAACCACUUGUUCUGGUGCACAUGGGCGACAUGAUGGAUGACACGCCGGUGCUGGACAUGGAAGGGGUCAGCUCGAUUUUGUGGGCCAACUGGCCCGGCCAGGAUGGCGGAACGGCUGUCAUGCAGCUGAUUAGCGGGCAGAAGAGUCCAUCGGGACGGUUGCCCGUCACGCAGUAUCCGGCCAACUACACCACCAUUAUCCCCAUGACCGACAUGGCAUUGCGUCCGUCGAGCAAAAGUCCUGGCCGCACGUAUAGAUGGUAUCCGACGCCGAUCAAGCCUUUCGGUUUCGGUCUGCACUACACCACCUUCACGGCUACCAUCUUGCCCUCGUUUGCGACACAUUUUACCACCGGAAAUCUUGUCGCCGAUUGUAAGAAUACAUACCUCGACACUUGUGAGUUUCCGGCGCUACCAGUGCAAGUCACCAACGCCGGGAAUCGAACGUCGGACUACGUCGUUCUAGCCUAUCUGUCCGGCAAGUAUGGCCCAGAGCCGUACCCGCUCAAAACGCUCUCAAGCUACUCUCGGCUGCGCAAUGUCACGCCUGGAGAAACAGUCACGAUAAGUCUUGAGUGGACUUUGGGCGAUGUGGCGCGCCAUGAUGAGAAUGGGAAUACGGUUCUAUACCCGGGCGUGUAUACGGUUAUCAUUGAUGAGCCUUCAUUGACGACAAUGACUUUCACGAUUGAGGGCGAUGCUAUUAUGCUGGAUAAAUGGCCUGCGCCUCCAGUCUGA